UGAACGUGGAUGGCACCCGUGGGUGCUGGGGGGUUGCUGCACGUAUAGAAACAUGUGGAAGCAUUGUCCCAGCACCCACGGGUGCUCCGGUUUUCCAUCUCCUCCCCAGGGCCAGCACCCGUUUGGAGACAAGGCCAAGGAGCAGGAGCUGCUGGAGCAGCAGAAGAGGGCGGCGGUGCUGCUGGAGCAAGAGCGGCAGCAGGAGAUGGCCAAGCUGGCGCCCGCAGUGCCCCGGCCCCCCCCUGACGUGGCACCCAUGGGUGCCCGGGCUCCUCUGCCCCCCCGAGGCAGCACACCCAUGGGUGCCCCCAUAUCUGGGGUGCCUAUGGGUGCCCCCCGCCCUCGUGGGCCCCCACCGCCCCCUGGGGAGGAGAGCCGAGAGCCAGACGACCCGACCGUGGGCCCCAAGAUCCCACAGGCGCUGGAGAAGAUCCUGCAGCUGAAGGAGAUCCGGCAGGAGGAGCUGAUCACCGUGCCCGGGCUUUCGGCAGAGGAUGAGAUGGAGACGGAGCCACGGGCGUCAGCAUCGGCCUCAGAGGCGGAAGAAGACGCCGGGCUCUCCAAAAAGGAGCGCAACCGCAAGCGCCGCAACCGCAAGAAGAAGAAACGGGGGCGGGGGGCGGUGCGGGAAGGGGCCCCCACCCAAACCCGGGGGGACCCGGAGACCCCAGGAGACACCCCCGCUGUGGAAAUCGAAUAUGUCACCGAGGAGCCCGAGAUCUACGACCCCAAUUUUGUGUUUUUUAAGAGAAUUUUUGAGGCUUUUAAGCUGACAGAUGACGUCAAGAAGGACAAAGAGAAAGAACCAGACAAGGCGGACAGGGCAGAAAGUGCCACCGUCCCCAAGAAGAAAGGUUUCGAGGACGGGCACAAGGGCAGCGAGGAUGACAGCUCCGAGGACGAGCAGGAGAAGAAGCCGGAGGUGCCGAAGCUCUCCAAGAAGAAGCUGCGGCGCAUGAACCGCUUCACCGUGGCCGAGCUGAAGCAGCUGGUGGCCCGCCCAGACGUGGUGGAGAUGCACGAUGUGACAGCACAGGAUCCCAAGCUCUUGGUGCACCUCAAGGCCACCCGCAACUCGGUGCCCGUGCCGCGGCACUGGUGCUUCAAGCGGAAGUACCUGCAGGGUAAGAGGGGCAUCGAGAAGCCGCCGUUCGAGCUGCCCGACUUCAUCAAGCGCACCGGCAUCCAGGAGAUGCGCGAGGCCCUGCAGGAGAAGGAGGAGCAGAAGACAAUGAAGUCGAAGAUGAGGGAGAAGGUUCGUCCCAAAAUGGGGAAGAUCGACAUCGAUUACCAGAAGCUGCACGACGCCUUCUUCAAGUGGCAGACCAAGCCCAAACUCACCAUCCACGGGGACCUCUACUACGAGGGGAAGGAGUUCGAGACGCGGCUGAAGGAGAAGAAGCCGGGCGACCUCUCGGACGAGCUGCGCAUCGCCCUGGGCAUGCCUGUGGGGCCGGUGAGCAGGGGCACCUGUGGCAGCGAGACCCCCCAGCUCUUCACGGUGGUCCCUGAAAAGCGCACGGCCACCGUUGGCACCGCCAUGAUGGGUUCCACCCACAUCUACGACAUGUCGGCGGUGAUGGGGCGCAAGGGCCCGGUACCCGAGGCGCAGGGGGUGGAGGUGGCCCUGGCCCCCGAGGAGCUCGAGCUCGACCCCACAGCCAUGACGCAGAAAUACGAGGAACACGUGCGGGAGCAGCAGGCCCAGGUGGAAAAAGAAGAUUUCAGCGACAUGGUGGCUGAGCACGCCGCCAAGCAGAAGCAGAAGAAGCGGAAGGCGCAGCCCCAGGACGCCCGGGGAGGCGGCAAAAAAUAUAAAGAGUUUAAGUUCUAGGAGGGGGGGGUGACACGUUUGUCACCUCUUUUGUCACCCUCCUCGGGACCAGCCUUUUGUCACCUC